UCUACACAGAGUUAAACAGAUGCCGCCUAAAAAGGUUAAAGCUGAAAUUACAAAUAAUAAGCCUAAGAAGAUUGAUAAACUUACUCCGAAAGAGGCUAUUCUUGAUUACCAGAUUAGCAAUCUUCGCGAGUUGAUUUCUAGGCUUCAUUUUAAACGAGAAUCACUUCGAAAUAUUCUGACUGAGAAAUUGGACGACCUAAGGAGACUUAAAAAGCAAGGCGAAAUUUUGUUCAAAGAAACAUCUUUAAAGCUGAUAGAGUUUUCAAAUGUGGAGAAACCGAAAGUUUCGAGUGAUGAUACAAAAUUAUAUCUGCUUGAAACUUGGAAGAUACGAGAUGACGAAGAAAAAGAAACUAAAUCGAUUGAAAACGAAAUAGAACUUACAAAACGCCUUGUAAAAGAUGUAAUAAUGGAGCUGAGAGAGUGGAAGACAUAUUCUGAUGAAACCAGAAAAUUAAAUGAUAUGCGCAUCCGAACACUUGAAAAAGAGUAUUUAGAGAUUGACGGUAUCGACGUUCGCGAGUUGUACGGAUUAUACUAACG